AUGUCCUCUCUCUUUCCUAUUCUUGGUGCUGCCCAAAACUACGCUUGGGGUAAAAUAGGCUCUCAAUCCGCCGUUGCUAGAUAUGCUCAUGACAAUGAUCCGUCUUUGUCUAUCGACGAAAGUGAGCCUUUUGCCGAGCUUUGGAUGGGUACGCAUCCAAAGGCCCCUGCGGUUAUUUCCAACGAUAAGUCAAAGAAACUAUCUGAUGUGAUUUCAUCAGACCCAGAAAAAUAUUUAGGUCAAUCUGUGAUAUCUAGAUUUGGCUCCAAAACUGAGCUUCCUUUCUUAUUCAAAGUUCUUUCUAUCAACAAGGUCCUCUCCAUUCAGGCUCAUCCUGAUAAAUCCCUGGGUGCUCAAUUGCAUGCAAAAGAUCCUGAUCAUUAUCCAGAUUCUAACCACAAACCUGAAAUGGCUGUGGCCAUCACUGAUUUCGAGGCCUUUUGCGGUUUCCAACCUCUUGAUCAAAUUGACGCAUUGCUUCAAAAAAUACCCGAGUUUCACCAACUUGUGGGGGCCGAUUUGGCCCAAAAAUACCACGUCGGGAUUUCCAAGUCUUCGCUUUCCAAAAAUGACAAGAAGAAACUUCUUCAGGCUGUCUUUGGACAGAUUAUGAAGACUCCAGAGGAUGUCGUUGCCAAGUAUGCCGCCAAUAUGGUUGCCAGAACAAACCAACAGCCAGAAGUAUUUGGUUCCGUUCUUGCUGACUUGAUCCAGCGUCUGAACCAGCAGUUCCCUGGUGAUGUCGGUCUUUUCUGUGGCUGUCUAAUGUUGAACCAUUGUUUCUUGAAAUCGGGUGAAGCUAUGUUCCUUCAGGCUCGCGAACCUCACGCAUAUAUAUCUGGUGAUAUCAUGGAAUGUAUGGCAGCCUCGGAUAAUGUUAUUCGUGCCGGCUUUACUCCAAAGUUUAAGGAUGUCGAAACUUUGGUAUCCAGUUUGACGUACUCCACGGAUCCUGUUGAAGACCAGAAGCAGAAACCUGUAGCUUUCUCUCGUGGAUCUGGAGAUGCUCAGUUUGCUCUAUAUGACCCUCCAAUUGAUGAGUUUUCUGUUUUGCAGGUUAAAUUUGAUUCUAAGAAGGGUAAUGUUGCCACUAUGAAAGGUGUCGAUGGUCCUUCUAUUAUCAUCGUCACUGAAGGUUCUGGGGAGAUUGCUGCCAAGGAUGAAAAGGCUCAGAAGGCUGAGACUGGCCACAUAUUCUUCCUAGCUCCUCGGACUGAAGUUGUCAUGUCAAGCAAAUCCACGGAUGCUCCGUUUACUUUAUAUAGGGCCUUCUGUGAGCUAUAA